CAUGGCCGCCGCCCCCGCAGCGGACGAGUCAGGUCCGCGUCCCAGCAGCCAGAGAUGCGACGAGGAGCCCCCGUGUCAGCCCCGGGAGAUCAUUAAACCCUCCAUCACAGAGCUCACCAAAGAAGUGCGGACCAAUAUCCUCUGUACGGUUGAAGGAUGUGGGAAAAUCCUCCCCAACACUCCGGCUCUCAACAUGCAUCUGGUCAAGUCGCACAGAGUGAAGGAGGGUCUGGUCAACCCUACUGUAAGGAAGGAUAUAAAAGGUUCACAGAAGCUCUACUGCUGUCCAAUAGAGGGCUGUCCAAGAGGACCAAACAGACCCUUCUCUCAGUUUGCCCUGGUUAAGCAGCAUUUCAUGAAGAUGCACGCAGAGAAGAAGCACAAAUGCGUGAAAUGCAGCAAUGGGUACAGCACAGAAUGGGACCUGAGGAGGCAUAUAGAAGACUGUGGAAGGACAUACAGCUGUACAUGUGGAUGUCCAUAUGCAAGUAGGGCAGCACUCUUGUCACACAUCUAUAGAACAGGCCACGAGGUUCCCAAAGAGCACAGAUAUCCACCUGUCAAGAAAAGGAAAAUGGAGAGACUGUCAAGCAGCACAACGAAAGUUAGGCCCAGUGAUCAAACAUAUGAAAUGGCAGAUGCUGAUAAGGAACUAACAGAAGGAGCAGUCCCUACUGAAGGAGCCUCCCAAACUCCAGAUUCACCACGACACAAUCCCAUCCACACUAAAAACGUUCAAAAGCUUCUCCUGCCCAAACCCAAAGUUGCUUUGGUCAACGUUCCUGUGAUUCAGCUUGCACACUUGCCUGUUCUUCUCCCUCCAGCAGAGAGCAGUGCCUUGAGGUCUGUGGUCUUGGCUGUAGAUGCACAGGGCUCCGUAAGCACUGUGCACCUGUUGCCUCAGUCACUUGGGGCAGUGGUGCCCGCUCUUAACACUAAAACUGUGAGUUUUAAAGAAACAAUGCCUGCUUCCAGGUCGAGCCUGGACGCCAUCAGUACAGGAAUCCAAGUUAAUCUGGAGAGUUUGGUCUCAGUAGGUGAGCCAGUUAAUGACUUGGGAUCCAGAAAUAAAAGCACCUCAACAAACAUUCAAACUGAUAUCUCAUACCUCAGCAAGGGAUCUGUCACGAUCACCCCCAUAGGUGAAGCCUCGGUGUCCUCUUGCUCUCAGACUGACAUUAGCGUGAGCGCUCAGAUCCAGCUGCCUGUCAGCGUCCAAACCCAGACGUUCCCCUUGAGGGCCAAAGUUACAUCUUCCAUUGGGGCACAAACUGACACGCUCAGUCAGCUGCCCUUUCCCUCUUUUAACAUAACAAGAGAAACGCAAACAAGCUGCAGCACAGCAGCCCCGUUGAAUAGGACCCAGAUGGACCAAGCUAUAAUGUGCACAGACCUUUUUGACACUGAUAUGCUCAGUGUAUCUACACAGACCGCACUAACUGAUGGACCUUUCACUACAAAUGGACUUGAUCCCAUGAGCACGGAGCCAGAGCUUUUUGAGGACAGAACUGCUCCGUCCUUGUGCUUUGGGUCCCAGAGAGACAUUCUGCACCAGAACACGGUAGCUGACAAUCAGACUCAGACCAUGACUCUUUUGAGUGACCUUGAGAACAUCCUUUCUGACAGCAUGGCGAGUGGAACUCCAAGCUGUGGGUCAAGCCUGGUUCCGGUGCAAGAACAACACACUGGCAUUGACUUUGAUUUUGAGGAUUUCCUCAACGCAACCCAUAUUCAGACUCAGACUGAUGAGAGUGCUUUGGGAGGCCUAAGCUCAGAGACUCCCCUAGAGCUCCUCGAUAUCGAGACACAAACAGAUUUCUUACUCCUUGGUGAUAGCCACCAAAGCGAUGUUGGCGCCAGGGUGCAGUCAAAUGAUCUGGAGCUAGAAAUGUUUGAUACUCAAACCCAAACAGACCUUAACUUCUUGCUUGAUCCUGGUGGCCAUAUGCCACUCGGCAGCAUCCUGAGACAUUCCAGUUUUAACAUGAGCACUGAGUCUUCUGACACAGAGACCCAGACAGACACCAGGCCUCCUCUUCCUCUGCCAUUGUCUUGUUCCCAUGAAGGUCAGGUCAGGCUUAGCAGCACCGAGACCCAAACAGUCUCCAGCUCCUCCAGUCUGGGCAACCUUUUUCUAACCAGCAAUGAGACUCAGACGGUCAUGGAUGAUUUCCUGUCUGCAGACAUUGCUUGGAACAUGGAGUCCCAUUUCAGCUCGGUGGAAACCCAAACCAGCGAAGACUUCUUCUCUCUGUUUCAGCCAUCGGAGAAACCCAACAGCUGAGCGCUCUGCUUUUGCAGCUCCCCUGUGGCGGGUGAGAUUUAGGCUACAUUGUGAAGAAGCUGUUUCUGGUGACUUGCCUCUCAGAGAAGCUGAGUGUCAGCAGAUAAUUCUCCCAAACACUCAUCACCUAAAGAGCUCUGUCUGGCGGACGUGGCGCUUGUGAGAAUUGAGCUUGCUUGUAGUUAUUCAGCAUCUCAAGUCAUUCCACAAUGAGUAAUGUGUGUUGGUCAAAAUCUAAAGCGCUAUUCAAAGUAGACUUUAGCUGCACUUUAUCAUUUAGCCGUCAUUAGUUGACUGCACUUCAGCGUGAUUACUUUUUAUUUGCACAUCAGUGUACUACUCUAAUUUAUAUUGUCCUUAAUGAACGUUUUGUUUACUCUCAUUAGUCGGUUAUCAACCUCUCAGUAGGAGAGUGUGUAACAUUUUAGAUGGUCUGAUGGUGCUACUAAAUAGUCGUGGUAAUUCUUCGAUGUGGCGCAAAUCUGAAAUUACUGAAUAGAAAUGACGUACAUUUGUUACAAUCUUGAUAACAGAUAUCUUGUGAAAUAGGCAUAUUUUCUCGUUUGAUAUUGCUUAUAUGGUCUGUAGGGGCCCUUUUUCGCCUUGUGCACAUUGUUUUCUUUUGCCUUGAGUUGUUACUUAGUCUUCUGUAUGUGCAGAUUUUACAUUAAGUGUCUAAUGGUCUAGACCCAGCAAACUGUCACUGUGAGUAAACUGUGCUCUUGGUUCACUAAAGUUCAUGCAGAUAUUUUGUAUUGACUGUUACAGUAUAUAAUAUUGAAUCACGUUUCAAACAUCUGCAAAUCAGGAUAUCUUAAUGAAUGCAUAUUUAUGCAUGUUGCAAAUGUUAUGUUUCCUUUAACAGUUGAGCUCACUUAAUGCUCUUGAACUAUGAUUUGCAUUCUGUACUGUGAGUAAUUAACAUGCAAAUCGCAAUUGUUUACAGUAAAAUGAAACCUUUAAUAUUUUAUCGGAAGCAUGUUUCAUUUUUCACUGAAUGUGUACUUAGUCACCUUUAAGCAUAGUUCAUUUAAAAUUUAACCAUGUUUAGGUUUUUGUUGGUGCCUUAAUUUAAGUAUUAAGUAAAGUGACCAUGUAUACAUUUGAUGAUGUAAAGGUACAAUGCCUCGCUGCUUUAAUUUUUUUUUUUAAUUGACAAUAUUAACAUUGUGUAACCAUAAGUGUAUUUAUUUCUCUCAUUUAUUUACCAUAUUGCACGGAAUAUUGUUGCCUGCUUUAGGCUCAACUUAUUUCUAUAUAUGUUAUUUUGUAUGCUUUGCCAGUUUUUGGCCAGUGUGUCCCUAUCAUUCAUUGAAUUUGACUUUUACUAGCUGCAGAAUGUAAAUGACACUGUGCCCAUGUAUGACGAGUGCUCCUCAGCAGUGUAACCAAAACGUUUUUUCCAUGCUCAGCCAAUGGAGACAUUUGCAUUUAUCCAUUGUAUUUAACAUUUAGAUCUGCCAAUCCAGCAACUUAAUAUACUAGAUUUCUUGAACUUAGCAAAAAUGCUAGCAGGAAUAAGAAAAUGUAUUGCUAUAGAUUACUUGAAAUUGUCAACUUACACUCUGGUUUUAAGUAGAGUGUGCAUGCAGUCUUGUUUGUGCCAAGAAUGUCUCUUAAGUUGAAUUUCAGUUUUGUUUUUGUUUUGUUUUUUUUUAUCCCUAAUAUUGAUAUGUCUUAAGUUAUGUGCAUUCUUGAGGGUUUGGUAAGGCAUACCAAUUUAACCCUGACUAUGUUCUUCUGUUGUUUAGGCUAUGCUGCAGCAGAUGCUCAAAAUAAAGUGCUAUUGAGAGAAUUAAAGUGUUAAUUGCA